AUGGAAACUCACAGAGUGAUUGGUAAAGGUAUCGUUCCAAAGCGUGCGGAUGAUGACAAAGAGGCUAUUCGAACGGCCAUUGUACGGAAUGUUGUUAAGAACUAUCUUUGGAACUCGGUAAGUGAAGAAGCGAUCCAAAAUACCAAAUAA